UCUCGAUAGAAUUUAGACAUAUCUAUCCCUCGCAUCCAUCAUGGUAGAUUCAGCCCAGCAAACUUCCAACGCACCCUCCAUCCAGGUGAACCACCUGUCCUACAAGUUCCAAGAUGGAUCGUCCGGCUUGACCGAUAUCAAUCUCGACCUACCUGCAGGAAGCCGCACACUGCUAAUUGGAGCCAAUGGCGCGGGCAAGACCACCCUCCUACGUCUACUGGCCGGCAAGCGUCUCUCCCCGCACAACACGAUCACCGUCGGCGGCAAAGACCCCUUCCAAGAGGGUCUAGACGGAGUGACCUACCUCGGCGCCGAAUGGGUUCUCAACCACAUCGUGCGGACGGAUAUCGACGUGCCGACCCUCCUCGCGUCCAUCGGCGGAGACGCUUAUCCCAACCGUCGCGAUGAACUGGUCGACAUCCUCGAUAUCGAUCUCAGCUGGCGAAUGCACGCCGUGUCGGACGGCGAGCGGCGUCGUGUGCAGCUGGCUAUGGGUCUGAUUCGGCCCUGGCAGGUCCUGCUGCUCGAUGAGAUCACCGUUGAUCUUGACCUGCUGUCCCGGAGCGACUUCCUUUCCUUCCUGAAGCGGGAGACCGAGACGCGGUCGUGCACGGUCGUGUAUGCGACGCAUAUCCUGGACAAUCUGUCGCAGUGGCCGACGCACCUGGUACAUAUGCAUCUUGGGAAUGUGAGACAGUGGGGUCCUAUCGAAAAAUUCAAUGAGGAAACUGAGGGGUCGUCGGAAAAUAGUCGGCUUGGGGAGAUUGUCCUUAAAUGGCUCAAGGAGGACCUGAAGGCUAGGGGGCCCCGGAAUGGUCGACAAAAUCAGGGCAAGACAUAUGAGUCUCUUGAAGGACUGGGUGGGUAUAGAUUGGAAAAGCGGCCCUAGGUCUCCUUCCCUCGUUCUAUAUUCUUCACUCCAAAACCUUGGGGUUCAACACGGUUUCAAUGUUAGAUGGCGACAUGAUGUACAUUGUGCGAUUUCACGGACCCAGGAUUCACCAGGGAUGCCUGCACGCAUUCAACAUUCUACCAGCUCUUUAGAGUCUAAUUAUAAAUGACAUGACUUUUUCUCGCUCGUC